ACUUUAGUAAGUGAUUAGUUGUGAGACGAAUCGAAGCUUCGAAGUGCGCGUUCAAAAUGAUUUUAAUUGCAAACGUAUUAACUAUAUUGUGGAUGGUUUCACAAGUGCAAAGCUCGUGCUUCGCAGGUUCAAGGGAAAUGGAUGAACAAUGCAGCACAUAUUGCUAUCAAGUAGUGAAACCUCUUUUGCAACACGUCAACUCGGCCAACUCGAAAGAGAAUAUAUUCAUCGAACUAAACAACAAGAUUAAAGAGCUAGAAGCGAAAAUAGUGAAUUUAAAUGAAAUGGCUGAGCAAAACGAUAUGCAAUUGGCAUUGCAAGCGGAGAUAAUUGCCUUGUAUAAAAACAAUACGAACAACUAUGAAAAACGCAUUGCGGAACUUGAGAGUGAAAACGUAAAACGAAAAGCCAAGGUUAAAACUAAUAAAGAUGAAACACUUAACGAUUCUUAUUCACUGCCAAUGGAGAAAUUUCCAUUGGAGAAAUUUGUUCACCUAGAUGAAAAGUAUCAUCCGGUGCCAAUAUGUCCGAGUAGUUUAACUGGCCUCGUUGAAAUUCCAGUUUACGUACGAAAUACCAACUAUUACUCAUGUGAUUCUAGCAUUGCUGGUCCUGGUUGGAUAGUUAUGCAACGGCGUAUAGAUGGCAGAUUGAAUUUUAAUCGUAAUUGGGCUGAUUACAGGAAAGGAUUCGGUGAAUUAAAUGGCGAGUUUUUCAUGGGUCUCGAAGAGAUUCAUUUACUGACCACAUCGCAACCUCACGAGCUGUAUAUUUUACUUGUGGACUUUGCGAAUAGAGAACGAUAUGCCAGAUACAGUGACUUUUCCAUUGGCAGCGAGGAGGAAUCCUACGAGUUGAAGGAACUUGGAUCAUACUCUGGAAAUGCCGGAGAUGCUCUGCGCAGUCAUGAACUCACACAAUUCUCCACUCCAGAUAGGGAUAAUGAUCUGGACAAAGAUAGUUGUGCUGAGAAUUUCAGGUCUGGUUGGUGGUUUUCCAAGUGCUAUGAAUGCAAUCUUAAUGGAGAAUACACUAAAGCGGACCCUCGAAGUGAUGAUCUUCAGAGUAUUGAGUGGAGAACUUGGAAGCACAAGCCAUUGAAAUUCAGUCAAAUGAUGAUAAGGUCAAAGACAAAAAUUAACAAGAGUCAAAUUCUGCUAUGACGUUUUGAUUUCUCACCAAGGAUUAUAAGAAGCUAAACUUGUUUUUUUAAUGUAAAAUAAAUAUAUUUUUCAUUUACCAUGGAUCACGAUAAAUUGUAUAGAAAUAGGUGUGAAAGUUUCGUAUCCCUUUUUUGAUCAGAUUCCUAAAGUUUAUAAUUAUUGACAAAAAGACGCGUUUCGAGUUUUACAAUGCUAUUUAAUGUAUUAACAUAUAUUGCUCGAUCAAGCAAGUAAAAAUAUGAGCUGCUUACAUGCAAAUAUCGAAAGCUUGUAAGAUUCAGCAAUGUUUCCAAAACAAUAGUUUUUAAAAAUAAAUGUUAUACGAUUAAGUGGUGUAAUAAUAAGUAAUUUUAUUUCUUCAUUCUUUUUACUAUUGAUUGAGAAAAGUUUAUGCAACGCUUUAGUUAAAAA